ACAUUUCUUUCAGUUGACAAGUCGUAGGGGCCGGCCCUUGGGAGAAAUUAUUUAGAAUGAAUCAAGGAGGCGGCUUCGCUUGUUGCGCCGUUUGCAACGAGAAAACUCAUCGGAGGUGCGCUCGUUGCCUGACCGUUUAUUAUUGUAAUACAGAACACCAACGUCAAGACUGGAAAAGACACAAAAGUGAAUGUGCCCCCAAGUUACCGAAACAGGGUUCUAAAAGCGAUAAUUCAAGUGAACGUUCUAAAAUUGAUGAAGAAGCCACGAAGAAAGUGAAAGACGAAACUCCCAACGUCAUAGAAGGGAGGCAGAAGGAUAUCUCGAAAGUGGGUAGUGAUACAAGACGUUUAAACAAAACGAAGACGAAAAACUUGAAAAACAGUGGCAAAGAGGGUAGCACGGAUAGUGUUAGUAAACAUAAUUCGCAAGUAUCAACAGAGAACGUGAAACAAAGUGAGGAAGGCUCAUCGAAAGCGACGGGAAACAAUGACAAUAGUGUGAUAUCUAGUGUAGUGUAUACAAACCGCGACUUAACGACUAGUAGUGCCAUAACAUACGAGGGCUCGUCGGAGCAGGAGGUGUUGCGCGAGAAGGCGCAGCUCUUGAGCUCUGUGGACUUCGCUACGGCUGGUACCUCUAAUGUUUUGCGAACGGUGAAUAGGACUGACACUGAAAAAAUGCCUGUACUGCCUAAUUACGUACCCCCGCAGGGUACUAGAGUGAAGGAAUAUCCGGAAGCCUCACUGAAGGGUAGUGGGGCUCCGUUUAAUCAUGUGCCUAACAGUUACUACAUGGAUCCGAGUGACUCUUGUUAUGAGAUAUGUCAUCGAGUGAUCAGGGACAUGACACAGUAUGGUGUGUGUGUAUUGAACAAUUUCCUCGGCAAGGAGCAAGGACUCAUGGUGUUAAAUGAAGUGUUAGAAAUGUAUAGAUCAGGAAUAUUUACAGCCGGACAGCUGGUAUCAAAUCCUGCGAGUACGGAAGCACAGACCAUCCGAAGUGACCUCAUAACCUGGAUUGACGGCAAGGAGACCAACUGCCACUACAUCAGACAGCUCAUUAGUCAAGUGGACAAUAUCAUCCUGAGAGCGAACAAGAUGGCUAACAAUGGGAAAAUGGGCGACUACGUCAUCAAUGGAAGGACAAAGGCAAUGGUGGCAUGUUACCCAGGCUCGGGCAGUCACUACGUGAAGCACGUUGACAACCCGAACAAAGAUGGCCGCUGCAUCACCGCCAUUUACUAUCUGAAUCUCGACUGGGACGUCAAACGGUGUGGAGGACUGCUCAGAGUGUUCCCCGAAGGUACGAACCAGGUAGCGGACAUAGCGCCGAUCUUCGACAGAAUGCUGUUCUUCUGGUCGGACAGGCGGAACCCGCACGAGGUCCAACCUGCCUAUAGCACCAGAUACGCCAUCACACUAUGGUACUUCGACGCUCACGAAAGAGAGGAAGCCCUCAGGAAUUUUAAAGAACGUGGGCAGCCAUCUUCGAGUAAGUGAUGUUGGCACCCCCGGGGCCCCUCCCCGCUCCGCGCCGCCCCUCCCUGCCUCGUGCGAGUGACGAAGCAACACUGCUAAACUAUUAUAGGUUACUAAAUAUUUAAUGUUAAUAAUUCUUGUGCUGAUUUUGUCAUAUUAAACGAAUUUUUGCUUUAUGCCGUAUGUGUUAGAGUUCAUUUUUGUACGGCAAGUCGAUCCCACAAGCUGUUGGUCACUUUUUAUUUUAAUAUCUGUUCGGAAUUUGAAAUGAACAUUUCACUUUUGAUAUAGGUAGGCCUUAAAUGAAAAGCAAGGAGGCUAGAAUCGAAUAGCUCGAUUUCAAAGGAUUUUUUCGGAUACUAUGACAAAUCCAGCCCCAUAUAUGACUGCCUCAUCUAGGCUAAUAUAGAUCAAAUAAACAAUUAUUUCUAAAAUUGUGCGAAGAGUGAACUUAAUCCUAAGCCCGCACUCAAACACACAAGAAAUAUUAUUUUAUUUUAAUUUGUAUUGUCAAACUGACAACAGAGUCAUAAAAUAUUAGAUAGAUUUAUAUAAUUAGAUAGAUAGUUCUAGAUAAAUUUGAUAUUUUAAUAAAUGUAUGGUUAAUGUUUUCCAUGCCUUUGAAGUAUUAAUUUUGUUGAAGUGUAUUUUAUUGAAUCAAGAGCUCAGCGCUUUUUAUAUUGGGAUUGAGUACUGAGAACUUUUCUUCGUUUAUUAGAGCAUCUGAAAAUAAACUCUUUGUUGAAAAUGCUUUCGUUAAAACGUGGAAGUUUCGUACUCGAUUUAUAAACUGACUUAAUAUUAUGGUGCAAUAUGAUAAGCGCUCGCGCCAUCUUGUUUUCUAUUUAGUUGGUGCACGGUUAUACAGAAUUAUUCAAUGUUUGAGCUAGUUCUCUGAUGUUAUAACUAACUUAUUUUACUCUUUAUGUACGUCAAUUAUUUAAUCGUUGUUAUAAUAGUUGUUUUUUUCUAUAUUCUUGUCUUUAUCUCGAUGAUAAAGCUCUACUAAUCUUUUUCGUAUAUCUUCCCUGACAUCAGUGAACAGUGAGAAUGGCCAAGACUGAAUAUUGAUUCGACACGUGUUUAAGAGAUUUCAACAUGUACAUUUUUAUUUAUUUGUUUUUGUUUUACACUUAAAUAAUAAAUACACGAUUAUUUACCUCCUUGUAAAUAUUUAUAGUGACUAUACUCAGUUCUAUUUAUACUUUCUUCUUUUCUAUACCGGCCCUGUUUUUCCUAAUUCUUACUCGCUUGGAAAAUCUGUUAUGUACUCAAACUAUAGUCGUAAGACAAAAUGAUCUAGAUCUUAGCUUUGAUACAGUAUUUCCACCGAGUAAAUAAGUAAAAAUGUAAUGAAUAAAUAUACAUAUUUUUUCAAAGAAACCGUGACGAAAAUUUUAAUACCUCAUGCGGACAGUUUUAUAAGAAAAUUCAUGUAAAUAACUUUAAAAUUAUAAAAAAAAUGAAAGAAAAUAUACAUACUUAACUUUAUAAAUGUUGUGUGUAUAGUAUUGAUUUUUUUACAGAAAUUAGUGUUUAAAUAAUAACUUGAUAAGCUUGUUCAUCCCCAUUUAACGUUUUUAAGUUUUUUGUAUAAAAUAAUCAGUAAAUGUAAGCUGUGUGAUUUAAUUAUAGCCAAUAUUAUGAUUUUGUAUAUGCUGUAUCGAUUAUGAUGUUGUUGUCCGACAAAUGUUUGUUACAUUUAAACCAAAUUGACUUGUGUUGAAGUCAUUACGUUAUUUUGUGGACAGAGCCUGGUAUUAAAUUUUACAUUGGAAAA